UAUUGCAUAUGUUGCAGUUACAAUCAGCUGAUCGUUAAAUACCCAAUAGUAAUCGGGGUAAUCGAGUGACGCUAAUUGUGGAAAGUGACGUGCUUUAAAAAGUCAUGGGUGACCAUAUAAUUGAGAUAAAAAAUGACGAGAAAAUUGCUACUUUUACCAAUUUAAGAAAGAGCAGCAGUAAGAGUGUCAAUUCACAAGACACUCAGGCAAUGGUUUGUCCAGGACGUACUCAAGGUGAUGGAAUGGAGAAUGUAACAUUGGGUAAAGGCGAGUUGAAGCAGGGGAAAUUUAGACUCGGAGAUACGCUUAUUUAUCAUCCUACGAAUCUCAAACAGUUAAAUUCAACUCCUCCUGUGACACCAACAGGCACGAUCGUUAAUCUUAUUCCUAGGAGUAUCACUCACACUAAGAGAGAGAACCAUGUAUUGAGUUCUUUAAAAGUGAAAGAACCUAAAUUCGUGCCGUAUGAACCUUAUAAAGCUGCCGUUAAGCCAAUUGUACCGUUUGAAAAGAAGCACAGAAAGAUGCUAAAGAAUAACCUUGGUAUCAAUGCGAUGGUUGCUCAAAUGAUGUUGAAAACCGAAGAAGCGAGUAUCAAAGGAGAUGAAUUCAGCAAAGAUAAUAACUCCCCAGAGGUUAAAGAAAGAAAAAAGAGUAAUUUGGAACAUGAAUGGGAAAAGGAAAGGAAAAUGUAUGAAGUCGAAAUUCAGAAAUUGAAAGAAGAAAACAGUCAACUCGAGUCUCAACUUAAAUUCCAAGCACAAGUAAACGGAGAAUUAAAAAAUUUAUUAGUAGCUGCAGUCGGAGAGGACAUUGAAACUAGAGUUCAUGUGCUUACAGAAGAUAAAUUGCAACUUUCUCGAGCACUCCUAAAUUCUGCUCAGCAUCUCAGUACCCACCAAGAACAAACCGAGUGGCUGGCUGGACAAUGCGAGGUUUGGAGGAGUAAAUUUUUAGCCAGCAGUUUAAUUGUCGAAGAACUCGCUAAAUGGAAGGCUGCACUGUGCCAAAGAACGACUGACCUUCAAGAAGCAAUAAAGAGAUUGUUAGAAGAACGAAGCAAGGUCAGAGAUACGUCUCUGAAAACGUAUAAAAUUCUCAGUAUUCUUCGUGAAAAUUUUGAUACCGUUGGAGCUGUAUCAUAUAGGAGACACGAACUACCUAGUACAAACAUCAUCGACGUAGCGGAAGGGUGUUGUCAACUCUCAGAAAUUCUCAAGGUUCAGCUCUUAAGUGGGAUGGAUGGGAUUAAUCUUCGUAACGAAAUAAAUAUCACUGGAUUGGAAAUGAAAACCUUAGCUGAAAAAAAUGCAGAACAGUUGCUUAUGAGUCCCAACUUAUUGAUGUCUGGCCGACAAGACGCAGCCUGCAGCGCUGUCAUGGGAGCAGCGGUUGCACUAGGGGGUCAAUUGUUUCUUCCACCAAGAAACUGUAGACUCGGUAUGAGUUCUUGUUCGCACUGUAGCGGGGAGAUUAAACAAAUCUGAGUUGAACAUAUUUUCCAAAUCAAAAAAAAUCUGGGCAACUGUAUAAAUUUAAUCGGAGGCAACACGAGUCAUUUCCUUCCAUCCUGCGGAAUAAUUUUACAAAGUAUUUAUACACAUAUUUUAUCGACUUUUAUACACCACAAUGUUGUCAAGUCGCUUGUACCGACAAUAAUGAAAAGCUCCUUUGAUAAACAGUUAAUUAUAUUUUUGAA